AUUUCAUCUGUUUUAGCACAUGGCUGAUGGCUCUAAUGCCAAUGUGAAUUCUGUAUUUUUUGCCAAGUAAACGUACGCAAAAAUUUUUAGGGCUAGGUGAAAAUGGACAAUAUUGACGACCUCUUCAGCGUUUUUAGCGAGGAAUCUACCGUGACAAGAUCGUUCGUUGGAACCAGCAAAAAUGUUAGCAAGCCAGAAUCAAGUGAACAAAUUGAAGGACCUGUUGCCAGUCUCAAACGUCACAAAACAACGACAGACGGUGAUGGAUCUCCUCAAGCAAAAACUUCCAAAAUGGAGACUGUUGAAGAUGAAAAUAUAGUUGAUGACAAAAUUCUUAUGUCGGGACCAAGGAUAGCAAUUCACACACUUGAGACAAUAGAGCAGUGUACUCAUGAAGUUGCUGUACCUCCAGAUACUGAUUACGCUCCAUUGCGACCAUAUUCUGGCCCUCCUGCUAAGGAGUACCCUUUUGUUUUAGAUCCUUUUCAAAAAGAAGCAAUUCUCUGUUUGCAGAAUUCACAAUCAGUACUGGUAUCAGCCCACACUUCAGCUGGUAAAACAGUUGUUGCAGAAUAUGCAAUUGCCAUGUCCCUGAAAGAGAAGCAGCGUGUCAUUUACACAACUCCCAUCAAAGCUUUGAGUAACCAAAAGUACCGAGAAUUUUCAGAAGAAUUUAAAGAUGUAGGACUGAUGACAGGAGAUGUCACCAUCAACCCCACAGCUUCUUGCUUGAUCAUGACAACUGAGAUUCUUAGGAGUAUGCUCUAUCGUGGCUCAGAAGUUGUGCGUGAAGUGGCCUGGGUUGUUUUCGACGAAAUUCACUACAUGAGAGACAAGGAGCGUGGUGUAGUCUGGGAAGAAACUAUUAUCUUGUUACCAGACAAUGUCCAUUUUGUCUUUCUUUCAGCCACCAUUCCUAAUGCGCGUCAGUUUGCAGAAUGGAUUUGCCAUUUGCACAAACAACCAUGUCACGUCGUGUACACCGACUAUCGUCCUGUUCCCCUUCAACACUACAUUUUCCCCGGGGGCGAAGGCAUUCACCUCGUUGUCGACGAAAAGGGUCAGUUUCGAGAGGAUAACUUUAAUGAAGCGAUGGCGGUAUUGCAUAACGUCGGAGAUGCAGCAUCAGGCGACAAGCGAGGUCGACGUGGGGGAGUCAAGGGCGGCGAAGCCAACUCGAGUUGCUUUAAAAUCAUCAAGAUGAUCAUGGAAAAGAACUUUUCUCCUGUGAUUGUCUUCAGCUUUAGCAAAAAGGAAUGUGAAUUUUACGCGCUGCAAAUGGCCAAGUUGGAUUUUAAUUCGAACGAAGAGAAAAAAUUAGUGGGCGAAGUCUUCCAAAAUGCUAUGGAAGUUUUGUCUGAGGAAGAUCGUAAACUGCCCCAGGUGGAGCAAGUCCUACCUCUGUUGAAACGUGGCAUCGGCAUUCACCACGGAGGGUUGCUACCAAUUUUGAAAGAGACCGUAGAAAUCUUAUUCUCUGAGGGACUUAUCAAGGCUCUUUUCGCUACGGAAACGUUUGCCAUGGGCCUCAACAUGCCUGCUCGUACGGUGUUUUUCACAAAUGCUCGCAAGUUUGACGGCAAAGAGAAUCGAUGGAUUUCUUCCGGAGAAUACAUUCAGAUGUCAGGUCGUGCUGGUCGUCGUGGUCUCGAUGAGAAAGGUAUUGUCAUUUUGAUGAUCGACGAAAAGAUGAGCCCAGCUGUUGGUCGCAAUUUGGUUAAAGGCCAAGCAGACCUUCUCAACUCGGCGUUCCACCUUACCUAUAAUAUGGUUCUUAACUUGCUACGCGUCGAGGAAAUUAACCCAGAGUACAUGCUGGAACGUUCCUUUUUCCAGUUUCAGCAGUAUGCUGCCAUCCCACAUUUAGUCGAAAAUGUGAAACAGAAAGAAAAAGAUCUGAAGAAAUUCUCAGUUCCGCAAGAAGAGAAUGUUUCUUCCUAUUACACUAUUCGACAGCAACUUGCCAACCUGAAUGAUGGUCUUCAUAAGUACAUAGUGAAACCUCAGUACAUAGUUCCGUUUCUGCAAGCUGGACGCAUGGUUCACAUAAAAAACAAGGGAGAUGAUUUUGGUUGGGGUAUCAUAGUUGAUUACAAAAAAGAAAAUUUAGUGGGAAAGAGCGAUGACAGUACAACGAAAGACCUUGAUGCAUCAUACGUUGUCAGUGUCCUGAUGUACAUCUCCAAAGCCAGUACCGAAAGUAAAGUAGUGUCAGCAUUGAAGCCUUGUGGACCCAAAGAAGACGGAGAGAUGCGCGUAGUCCCCUGUUUCCUUAACUUGAUCACUAAGAUUAGCUCAGUCCGCCUUUACUUUAACGAAGACCUUCGUCCGCUCGACAACCGUAUGGAAGUGUACAAAAGGAUACAGGAAGUUCACAGACGCUUCCCAAACGGCGUUCCACUACUGGAUCCGGUCAAGGACAUGCAUAUCAAAGACAAGGAUUUCAUAGAAAUGAUGCAACGAUCGAGAGCUUUCGAAGAGCGUUUGACAGCCCACCAACUCCAUCGUGAUACUAAAGUCGAGUCCCUUUGCCAGCUUUACCACGAUAAACAAGGGUUGGUGGCUCAGUUAAAACACGCAAAAGACGAACUGAAGAAAGCCAAGUCGCUUUUGCAAAUGACGGAGCUGAAAUGCCGUAAGCGCGUUUUGCGUCGCCUAGGCUACUGCACGGCAGCGGAUGUGAUUGAACUGAAAGGUCGAGUGGCUUGCGAGCUCUCAAGUGCAGACGAGCUCUUGCUUACUGAAAUGAUCUUCAACGGCCUCUUCAAUGCACUUGAUGUGACUCAGACGGCUGCUUUGCUCAGUUGCUUUGUCUGCGAUGAAAAAUCAAACGAAAUGCCUAAACUGUCAGAAGCGUUGUCCGGCCCACUGAAGCAAAUGCAAGAUCUGGCCCGAAGAAUCGCUAAAGUAUCGGUGGAAGCUAAGUUGGAGCUCGAGGAAGACGAGUAUGUUGAAAAAUUCAAACCUUAUAUGAUGGAUCUCGUGGCGGCGUGGUGUCGCGGAGCUUCGUUUGGUGAAAUCUGUAAAAUGACAGAUCUUUUUGAAGGAAGCAUUAUUCGGUGCAUGAGGCGGUUAGAAGAAUUGCUCAGACAGAUGGUCCAGGCAUCCAAGAGUAUAGGAAAUACCGAGUUGGAGAACAAGUUCAGCGAAGGAAUUAAGCUUAUAAAACGUGAUAUCAUCUUUGCUGCCAGCCUGUAUCUGUAAGUUCUAAUACUAUGUGGUUGUUUUUUUAAAUGGGCAUACAAGAAAUCAUUCGUUUGACACGUAA